AUGCGCUUUCUCGCCAUCGCACCAGUCUUGUUGUGCGCCACUGGUCUAGUGCUCUCUUUCCUGUGCCUCUUCGCCGGCUCAUCGAAAGGCUUCCUCGAAAGCUACGACAUAGUCUCGCUGAACACAUCUCGCAUCGGCCAAAAUGUGCUCAACUCCAGCCGCAGCUCAGACAACCCUUUUGUUAGUUUCUUCGACAACAUCACGAACAGCAUCUCGAACGACAUCAACCAGGAUAUCAACUCGUUCGCCAAGGAUCUCGGUCUCCAUGACUUCUACAGCGCUCAUCUGAUGGAUUACUGCGAGGGUUUCUUCAUGCCUGGUCCCGUCCCGAAUGCUACGCUCUCCAAGAAAAGCAUCCACAGGAAUGUCACUAGCUGCUCCAACCACACUGCUAUGUACGAUUUCGACCCACGAGAAGUGUUGCAGAAAGAGCUCAACGCUAGUGGACAUUCCAAUAUUAAUCUGGAUGACCUCAAGUGGCCCUCAGCCAUCGACAAAGGUCUGCACGCUUUAAGAAUCGCCCAGAGAGCAACAUUCGUUCUAUACUGCGUGGCUAUUGCACUAAUUGGCCUCGCAACACUGCUGGCGCUGAUUUCGAUAUUUUCGGAGGGUAGAACGAGUGCUUUCCUCAACGUAUUGGUCGACUUGCUUGCCUUCCUCGCGAUCGGUAUCGCCAGCGCGAUUGCUACGGCUGUCGCUGUAAAGGCUGCGGAUGUAAUCAAUCACUACGGGAACGCGGUCGGUGUCAGUGCUAGCAAAGGCGGAAAAUUUUUGACCCUGACGUGGGUGGCUACUGCUGUAAUGUUCGUUGCGAGUCUGGUCUGGUGUUUGGAUUGCAUCGUUGGACGCAAACAACCUCGUCGGCAAACGGCAACGAAGAACUACGCGGACUACGAAGGUGGAAGGAGGUACUAG